AUGAGAGCAGAUGAUGAGAACAUCGAUAACACAGACAUCAGUCAGUAUCCGUCAUUCUCAUUCAUCCUGUCCUCCUCUGAGGUGAUUCACUACCCGCAGCAGCACUGGUGGAGAGCAGCAGCCCUGAGAGACGGAGCUGCCAUCUCAGCAAAUUUCUUGACCAUUGCAACUAUAUUGGGAACUGGAAUCUUAGGUCUUCCAGUGACGAUAGCCCAUGCUGGAUUGCUGCCUUUCCUUGUCUCGUUUCUCGUUGGCUUCUUUGUCCAGGCCUUGCUUAUCUACCUGUUUGUGGAACUUCUUCAGAAAUGUCAGGUGGUGCAGCUGGAGUCUCUAAAGACAGGUGUCGCAGAAUGUAUUGGGAUGGAUCAGGUGGGCGUGGAGGAUCCAGCCCCCACAGAGGACGAGGAUGAGGACGAAGGUGAAAAUGCAGAAGCAGAUACCGGUUUACUACAGUCAGAUGGACUAGCUUUGCACAACCAAGCUGAGAGCCUGCAACCCAACCUUCAUCUGCUCGGCUACAUCUUCCUCUCCCGGCCCAUGAGCCACGCCUUUAACUGCAUCCUCCUCUUCCAGUUGUGGCUGUGACAUUUGCGGUGGGGUCUGAGGUUGGCCUUCAGAGCAGCAGUGACUUCAGUCAGAUGGGGAAACCUUUCCUAAUGGGAACAGUGGCUCUGGGUGAGAACCAGCUAUCCAAGAAUAAUGAAGGCUCAUGA